GUACACACACCUCACACGUAACACACGCGCCUCACACACCCGUCGUCGACGUCUCGCUCCCGUCACCCCUUCCCCUCAAAAUCCAAAGCAUAUCGAUUGUCCUCAUUGCUGAGCGCCGUCCAUCGAUCACGCGCACCCUGUAGGGUACCCCGUGCGAAAAAUCCAAAGCGGCCGACAACUUCGCGGCACUCUCUUCCGUCGAUCUUGCGAACGCGGAUCGAAACUCUCGACUUUCCCCUCACUCCGACGUCGUUGUCGUCGUCCGCUUGCCGCUGCCCGAGAAAAUCGACCGUGCGCGCACAUGACGUCCUCGCCGAUUCGUCACCGUUGCGGUCGCGCGUGACGCUCGAAAACGCGCGCGAACAUGGACAUUACUGCAGUUGUCGGUCCGGUCGUCGCCCACCGCCAUCGCCGUAUCCGUCGUGAGCAGCACUAUCACCACCGCCCCCACCACCAGCACCAACACCACCGCCACCAAUUCUUCCACCACUACCGUCACCAACACCACAAACACCACCGUCAACACCACCAUCGCCACCGCCAACGCCAACGCCAACACCUUCGCAAUCGUCGUGCGACCGUCGAGAUCAGCCACGCAAGUAUGGCGACCACCGGCUAGCGAUGGUGCCCGCGUUCGUAUUGGUGUGCAGCCUGCUGUCGGCCAUCACCGUGGACUCGGCGUGGUCGGCCAGCGGCCCGGUCAUCCAGCAAUGUCCCACACACGGCGAGAUCGCGCCAUGCGUGUGCACGGUGAAGAAGAACGGUGGAUUGGACAUACUGUGUGAGUUCACCGACUUGCAGCACAUAUCCAAAACUAUGGCGGUGCUCAAGGGCAAACCGUCGCUGGUCAUAUUUUACUUGAAGCUGCGGCACAACAACCUACCCAAGCUCCAAGGGUUCGUGUUCCUGGGAAUGGACAUCCGGCACCUGACCAUACACAACAGCACGCUGGCCGUUGUGGAAGAGUCGUCGCUCAGCUCCAUCGGAAAAGCGCUCACUCAACUCGACCUGUCUCAGAAUUCGUUAAGCAGCGUACCGACGCCGGCACUGAAGAGCUUAGAUCGAUUACUGAUAUUCAAUUUGAACCAUAACAAAAUCACCGCUAUCCACGCGAACGCCUUCGAGGGAAUGAGCACGCUAGAGAUAUUAACGUUGUAUGAAAACCGACUGACGAACAUUGAGCCCAACGCGUUCGCCGGCACAGAAAAGAAACUCAAACGUUUGAAUAUCGGAGGCAACGAGUUGAACCGGGUACCCACCGGAGCACUGCAAACAAUGGACAACUUGAAGAAGUUAGAGAUUCAAGAAAACAAAAUCACAACGAUCAGUGAAGGCGAUUUCAUAGGUUUAAAAACAUUGGAUAUGCUGAUACUAGCACAUAAUUAUAUCAAACACAUACCAGCAAAGGUAUUUCAACAUUUGCCUUUACUGAACUCAUUGGAGUUGGAUGGAAAUCAAAUAUCUCAUAUCGACGAAGAGGCAUUUUUUGGUUUGGAAGAAAAUCUUCAAUAUUUAAGAUUAGGUGACAACAAUUUGCAUUCGAUACCAAGCGAUUCCCUUCGUCGAUUGCACAGACUAAGACAUUUGGACCUCAAAGCUAACAACAUAUCACACAUUGCCGAGGACGCAUUUAAUGGUUUCGGUGAUUCGAUCACAUUUUUGAACUUACAAAAAAACGAUAUUAAAACUUUACCGAUGAUGGCUUUCGAAAAUUUGAACUCCUUGGAAAUAUUAAACUUACAAAACAAUAAACUCACACGAGUACCGGAAGAAGCGCUCGAGGCUAUUGUAGAUACUGCCACUGUUAUUGACAUUAUGGAUAACCCAUUGAUUUGUGAUUGCGACCUACGUUGGUACAGGGAUUGGCUGAAAGAGUUACGGCACAAGGACGACGACGAUAUCAUACAAAAGAAACAUAUACUCUGUCUCAUGGAAGAAGAACACAGGGAGUACAGCGUGUUGAAUUUGCCGGUGGAGAGAAUGAACUGCGUGGGCAAAAAGUACUCGUCGUCGGCCAAUGGGAUCGGUGAAACUCGAGUCCUGUCUCGUCUCCUCGUGGUGCUGAUCCUCGCAAUGUACCAGUUGAAAUGAGCGCGCCGGCACACUAAAAUACACUCGCACACAUACAUACACACACAAAACAUAUAAAUCCGUAGCUAAAACCGCUUCAUCACAUCAAUAUAUACGCGUAACUGUAAAGCAUAAUCGAAUAAGCAUUUAAAACUUACAUUUAAUAGAUAAGAUAUCAUAAUAAUAAUAAUAAUGUCAAACAUUACAAUUAUAACACAGAGACCAAUCGAGCGUCGGGAAAAUGAAGCGAACCCGACCGUUGUUGUUUUUUUUUUUUUCUAUCUU